GACUUGGUGGAUGGAUGAGUGGAGUUUUCCUUGCGGUCUGAAGAUUAAUGGAAGGGGUCUGUUGAUCUGAAGAAUCGACUGUCAGAUGGUCGGACCAGGGAAUCCAUUGACCCGUACGGAUGAUUUAGGAACGAAUGGAGAUAUAUCAAUUUAAGUAACUGGCUGAGAAAAAAAAACGAGUUCCCCGGAUAGAAAUUUGGUAUCCAGGUCUUAACUGCCAAGGCCUGUCCUUACAGAGAUACUAGCACCUGGUUGGUUCAGGCCAGGAUUCAACUGCAAGGGGCGCUGGAAGCUAAUGUUAGCUUGCUAGGUUAAAAAAAAUACGGAAACGUCUUAGUUUCGACGAUUUGCAUUCCAACUGGAUUUCGGAAACAUCACAUCACAUCUGGAAUAAGCAAAAGGUUGUGUGUCACUUGGAUUUUCUGGUGCUCAUUUUGGAUUUCUCUCCCGCUAUUGUUAGCAAACUGCAUCACAGUGAACGACUUUGAAGGAAAAGUCACCCGGAGCCGAGGAACUCGACCGUCCGCCUGCCAUCAUGGGCAACACGCCCACCGCGAAGAAGGGCAAUGAGAUGGAAAGUGUGAAGGAGUUUCUUGCCAAAGCCAAAGAAGAUUUCCUGAAGAAAUGGGAGAAUCCAGCACAGCAAACUGCAGCAUUGGAUCAUUUCGAGCGUUUGAAGACGUUGGGCACCGGCUCAUUUGGUCGAGUCAUGCUUGUUAAACACAAAGACACAGGCCAGCAUUUUGCCAUGAAAAUACUUGACAAACAGAAGGUAGUGAAGCUGAAGCAGAUAGAACACACGCUGAAUGAGAAACGCAUCCUGCAAGCUGUCAGCUUCCCCUUCCUGGUGCGGUUGGAACACUCUUUUAAGGAUAACAGUAAUCUGUAUAUGGUGAUGGAGUAUGUUCCUGGAGGUGAAAUGUUCUCACAUUUAAGGAGGAUUGGUAGAUUCAGUGAACCACACGCCCGCUUCUACGCAGCCCAGAUUGUACUAACCUUUGAAUACCUUCACUCUUUGGAUCUCAUCUAUCGAGACUUAAAACCAGAGAAUCUGCUGAUCGACCAGCAAGGCUACAUCCAGGUAACAGAUUUUGGAUUUGCAAAACGGGUGAAAGGUCGGACUUGGACACUUUGUGGGACUCCAGAGUACCUGGCACCGGAGAUCAUCCUCAGUAAAGGUUACAAUAAAGCAGUGGAUUGGUGGGCUCUGGGGGUUCUGAUAUACGAGAUGGCUGCUGGGUAUCCUCCCUUCUUCGCAGACCAGCCCAUUCAGAUUUAUGAAAAGAUUGUAUCUGGGAAGGUUCGCUUCCCAUCCCACUUCAGCUCAGAUCUAAAGGAUCUGUUGAGAAAUUUGCUGCAAGUGGACCUGACCAAGCGCUUCGGCAACCUCAGGAAUGGAGUCAGUGAUAUCAAGGGUCACAAGUGGUUCGCCACCACGGAUUGGAUCGCCAUCUACCAGAAAAAGGUGGAGGCUCCUUUUAUCCCCAAAUGCAAAGGCCCCGGUGACACGAGCAACUUCGACGACUACGAAGAAGAGGAAAUCCGAGUUUCCAUCACAGAGAAGUGUCCAAAGGAGUUUGCAGAGUUCUAGGUUUCAACCUCGAGUAGCAGAGAGAGGGGCAGAAAUGAGAAAGUAAAAAGGGGAUCUGAAUACAGGAAACACUUGUGGUGGACUGAUAAUUUGCUCAUUUGUUAUGAGGAAAAACAAAACAAAACAAAAAGUAAAAUCCCCCCAAAAUUGGAAAGGUAGGGAAGGUGAAGAAAGAUCUACAGAACCAGCAGUGUUGCCUUUUCUGAUUGUUUCUCAACUGUUUGCUAUUAAUUUAUUUAUCCCUAAUGUGUUUGUGACAGGGUCUCGACAAGAACAAGCAUAGAUUGUUGCUGUUCAGCUAGAGUUGUAUUUUUUCUUUUCUGAUGGCAUGAUGACACAUUUGCAGUCUUUCAAGGUGGAGGCACUGAUUUUCUGUGAAGGUACUGAAUCUGUUCGGUUCGUUUUGUUGAAAGGGCCCACUCUACAAGCUUUCCUAGCAGCUGUAGAGGGAUCGUUGUARCCUGUCCAGCCUGGUUCCCCUCCAUCUCCAACCGGAAUCUGUCCAAGCAAUACCAAGUCCAACAGAUGUGCCUAUCAUAACGCCAACUGGUUGGAAAACUGCGUCGAACGCGUUGGUGCAGAGUUUUGACUACGGCGGCGUCGACCCUUUCGGCCAUGUGGUUGAAAGCUUGAAACAACCAUCUGCACCUGCCUUCGUCUGCUCAAUGUGGCAUGGUUAUUGGGAAGAUGAUGCACUCUGCUGCUUGCACUGGAAGCAGUGGUGACCUCUUCGAUCAGAAUGAAAAGUUAUUUAUCACAGCAAACUUCGUCCUGGUCUUAAACCACUGGGAGACCUGAGAGAAGUGAACACGAGGUCUGCAUUAAAGUCUGUCUUUCUUCUUAGCUGAGUUUAUUAGAGCAUUUUAAAAACAAGAUUCUAUUGGUGAUUAUGUUGUCCUUUUUACGUCGAUCUCUGUGCUUGUGUGUUAUUUAGUGCUGACGGGUGGCUGAACGGGCCCGCGCUUUAGCAGCCGCUGGCGUUGUGCUCACACUCCUGAUUAUUAUUUUAUUAUUCGCAUCUAAACGGAGCAUCCCUCUUUUCAACGCUGUCUCAGAGCUGUAAAAUGAAAAGAAAAUUUCAAAAGGAAAUCUAUGAAUUCUGCCAAAUUCACAGACUUGGGUUCAUCGCAGUUGUCUGUUUGUCACGAGGACGGGUGGAUUUAAAUACASAGAACAGUAGCAAAGCUUUGCAACACAGUGUGCAUGAUAUGUUGUUUUUGUACAGUAUCACUUUUAAAGACAGAUGGCGGAGAAUACCUGAGCUGAGGUACCUGAGGUUGUGGAUUAAAAAUGUCUAAUAUAGAAACGAAGCGAUCUGUUGAAGAUCCGGUUAAACGUGUCAAAGUCGUCUGGGCUUUGUUAAUUUGUUAAUUUCAGUGUUUGCUGAUAAUUGUCACUGAAACUAAAAAUCUCACUUUGGCAGAUUGAUGUUUCUCCUUUUCUCUAUUUUGUUUCGGAUUCGUYACGCUGUCACAGUUUCACAGUCCAACCAACUGUUCGGGGACUUUUGGGAUCGAGCGUGUUUUGGGUUUGAGUUGUUUGUUUUUUCCCUCUGUUGUUACAAAUGAAAGCAGUUCUAAAGCGGUCCACUUAUUUGCCAAGUUUAAUUCUGUGGAUGCAAGACAAUCGCAGACCAAAUCUCAUUGCUGGUUUGUUGACUAAACACGUUGUUUUGAUCUGAAGGAUGAACGAUUUCACCCACCCUUCGUAGGCCCUCGGUGCUAAACUUUGUCCAUCACAUAGAAAAAAACAAAGCUUCUGUGAGUUUUGUUUAACAAUCAUCAAUUUAUUUGUCACAGUCUUGUUAACAUGACAUUUUUAGAAUGUUUUUGACAGAUUUCGGUAGGUUUAAGUGUUCGUUUUGAUGGAUUUAAGAUCAAGCAGGUUAAUUUUUGAAUGUAUUCAAAAUGGAGAUGUUUCAAUGCUGUUUGGAAACACGAUGUGUAUUUUUUAUAAUACAUGAGCUCCUUUUUUUUCUUUUCUUUUCUUGCAUGUGGUAAAGCUGGCCAAGACUUCUGGAUUUGAAACAUGUCUGUGAAAWRRUUYUUUCCGGAGCUCAGACGGUCUUGURGCUGUUUAGCUCUUUGAUUUAUCUGAGCGUCACACACUAAACAGCGCAGGAGCCGGUUGGUCCAAUCAUUUGAGAAAUAAUAAAGCACAUGCGACACUUUUUCAGAUCCAURUAAACAAUUUGUGCUAACACUUUAAAACUUUUAAAAACACUUUGAAGAAAGCACAUGUGGAAUCAUUGCAUCUUUGUCCUGACAAAUGACAAAAAUCAGAGUUUGAGAGCUGAACUAGAUUCUAAAGACACAGAAAACUCAACACUGUUUUUGUUGGUUUCCCCAUUUAAAAAAAACUGACAGUUGUCCAGUUCUUUUUCUAUCAMCUUGACACUAUUGACUGAUCUGUGCUACAUUAACUGUGUCUCCUGUUUGCCUUCUAUUUUCACAUAACUUUACUCAAACAUAACACUUUUUACAUCGGAGAUGUUUUGCGUUCAUAUUUUCUAAUUGUAUUUUCAGAAAAAAAACGAUGUAGGGUUGGGCGGGGGAGCAAAAACAACAUGAAUCUUUUUCCUCAUGAGCUGGGUACAGUGCUUGUGUAGUCUAUUGUACCUUUUUUAUGGGAAACAAUACUGUAUAUCCUUGCCUUUGACAGUCUUAACUAUCUUACCCUCUGGAGAACUUGAGACACCCUUAGAACACAAUGAGUAUGUUAAAAAUAUAAACAAAGUAAUAUUUUGCAAAAUGUAUCAUUCCAAUAAAGUUUUACUUGUUAAGACAAA